UGCUCAUUUGAACAUGACAAAGAUUCGAGGAGAGAGCAAAACUCCACAACACCCUGUUGUUCGCCUGUCUUCUUACUCUUUGAACAGCCUUUCUGCCACUAGCUGGCCAAGACUGCCUCAAAGACCAAAAGACCAAGGCCCGUUGGUCCUCCAUAUUGGAUUCUGAUCUCGAAGUACGCAAGUGUCGGGAAAUGGAAUAACAAGCACCCACGCCUUAUAAACUGACAAGGCCCCUUUUUUCGUAUUUCCGUGUUUCCGAUUGGCGUGUGCAAAUUUCAAGUUGAAAUUGAGGGAUGCGAACAAAUUUUCCCGAGCACAUACGAACGAUUUUGGGCCCAUCCAAAGAGCCAUUUUUUGAAGCAAAAUAACUCAACAACAAACAAAAUCGUCAUAAUAUAAACAAGAAAAACAGUGUCCACCUGGAAGCACUUGGUUAAAGCCUAAGUGAAGUAUCUUACAACAUAACACCUCUAAGUAUCACCCAAUCCCUGAGUUUGCUCCCCCAACAGUUGAUAUAAGUGGCCCCAGUGGAGUGGAUUACCGUCCAAAUGAUUGUUUGCACCACCCAAAACCACCACACACCUCUGAGUUACCACAACGAAGUUACCAACCGCACCAAAGGUCUCAAUAACCUUGAUAUGGGAAACAUUUGUCCAAUUAAAAAGAACAACAACCAACCUCCCAAAGAUCUCAAUGCGUUGCUCUCCGAGGUAGACGUCCUCGAGGACAUGGAAAGCUCCCAUUGGAUUCAAGCUUUUCGAACGCACUUAAAGUCGAAUGGACGGGAAGAUAUCGAACCCUUGCUCUAUUUUGUGGCCCAAGCUAAUAUAUUGAACAAAUUGGAACCCGGCCCCACGUCUCAGUGGAAACAGCAACAGAUCAACGAAGAACGCUUGAACUUAGUGAUAUCCAUUGGGAAUGCAUAUUUUUCCGAGGAUUCCUCGCACAAGAUCGCCUUGAGCAACCGGAUUCUUUGGAAUAAAUUAUCCGAAGCUUUGCAAGCAAUACAAAACAACAAUGAAAACAGAAACAUUGAAAGUGACUUGGAAGACGCCUGUCAAUUGAUACGGCAAGCCAAAGGUGACUAUAAGGUGUGGAAAGGGGGCGUGGACAAAGCCUACAACGCUUACUUGGCCUCCAAGCCCUCCCUACCAACUCUCACGGCCGUGCUUCUUUCGAUCUUGUGAACCUGCGCAACUUUCAUUAAUGUUUAAAUGCAACCUCCCUAAAUCUUCUCAUCGGUGUUGGUCGGAUCUCUGACCAGUAUUUUCUGUAUUUCUGUUUUAGAAUAAUAACACGAAGAAUUAUUUUCUAUUUUUUGAAAAUGACAUUAAAGGAAUCAACCAUGGAAUGAAAUGAAUGAUUUCAAGGAUUUAUUUCAAGAUGCGAAGAUUUUACUCACAACUGGCUUUACCUGACACUAAAACAAAAAUCUGAAAAAAGAAAAUUGUUGACUUGGGAAAGGCAACAAUAUCAACUGACCUGAUUGGGUUCUCAAGCUUGUUUGUGGUUCAAUAUUGUAUUUAUGAUUGAUAUGAGUGUAGAAAUACAACAAACAGUAAAUGCAAGACUUGCUCUCUAUCACAGGCACUUGACGAUUGGAUUGACCGAUUCAAGGCAGAAUCGUUUGGUCAAAAUAUUUACGGCGUAUGUUAUGUACAAUACUGUAUAAGGCACAAUCAUGGUGAUGAAUCUUCUCCAAGGGCGAGAACUGAUUACAAUACGAUUUUGUUUCGAUCAUUCUGGCUUAACAAAUAAAUCUUUGAAUUUUUGGGGAUCAUGUUUUUUUU